UACAGUUUCACUACUUAACUUAUAAUCCUUAAAUUGAAUGAGAUUUAAAUGUUUUGUCAACGAAUUCUGCAUCUUUCCUUAACCUUAAUUCAUAUAAACGUUCAUAAACAAUAUGGCUAAUACCAGAAGCACAUUUAACAUCAACAAACUGCUGAGUCUCACUACCGUCCUUUGUGGUGGCUCCAAACAUAAACCACAAGCUCACGUAGCCAUUGAUAUCGAUGAUGUAACCUUAGAAGAUGUUAGCAUUGAUACUCUACGAUUCCGCUUAAAGCAAGUAAGUAAUGGUAUUGCACAUGGUAUACUCUACAAUUUCGCUCCGGAAGCUAUGGAAACCUUGGAAGCAGAAUCAGAACGUCUUGUCCGCUGCAUCAGGUAUAUGGAAGAAGUGCAGAGACUUCACUCUCCAGCUCCUCUUUUGGCACACCAACACCACCAAAGUGACGCUACCAAUGACUCCCGUAUUCCUAUGGAUCUUCCUUAUUGGCAAUGGAAUGGUCUUGGUAAUAAAUGGCACCCAGAAUCAAUCAUGUACGAAACAAUCGAAGAUGUACUAGAAAUAUUCGAGAUGCAAGUCAAUGCAGCAAGCCUCAACCUCGAUAUACACUGGCAACGCCUCAUGCCUUUACGCAUGAAUAGAGAUCAGCGUUCAUGAUUCAACACCACCCUGAAGGGAUGCAACUUAUCUUAGGGAGCUUAGGGAGGAACUCAAAGCCAUAGUGAUAAAAACGUAUGCUACCGAAGAUAUUGCCUAGGAGAUCGACAGCAUGGAUUAACUGCAAAACCUACAUAUGGCAUCACGAGAGUCCAUUGAUGCAUUUACAGACAGGUUUGAACGAUUACGUAGAGCUGCCAAAUGAGAGAACAAUCGUACAAAAGCAACACUGUUGUAUCCAAGAUACUAUACGUCUUAAAAUACAG